CCUGUGCGCAUGCGUAUUGACAAUUCAAUUAAUGGCGAACAUGUUUACAAAUUUGAAACUUCCAACUUAAAAUCAACGCUAUGUAAAGACAAGGAAUAUAUCAGAUUUAAACGUUGGCGUUUUAAGAUUAAGAAUACAAAUUGACGUAAAGUUAACUAUUCUAGUAUUGAAUACAGGUGUUCAAACAGAAAGAAACAACCAUGCAGUACUAUGACAGUAAAUCUCAGUUGGACGGGAGCGAGAUGGACUCCCAGUCCGCGUUUGAAAUGCAUCAAUGGCCGUCCCAUUACUCGUCACAGGCUAGUAUGGCGAGUAUCACCCCUAGUUACAAGAGUUACCUCUCGACUUACACACCAUCUCAAGCCUCCUUCUUCGUACUUCCUGUCACGGCUGAAGCUCCGAAUGAGAUGCAACGGGCGCAAGAUAACUGGGGAUUUGCAUUCUGCUCCUUAUUUUGCAAUCCUAUUUUUGGAAUUGCAGCCAUUCUUCUUGCUGAGAUGUCUAGAGAUUUCUUCAAGAAGAAGGAAUACAUCCAGGCAUCGAAAUACGGGUCCUACGCAAAAGGAGCGGCAUUGGGCGGGAUCAUAUCUACCAUCAUCGUGUUAGUGCUAAUUAUAGCCCAAGUUUUACAUUAUAGACUCAAGUUUAACUACUAGCAGGAUCUAGUGCUAGACUGUUAGUACAAGGUUGUUUUAACAAGGCAAGAAAAAACUGUUUAGUUUAAAUGCACCCAGAUUUCAUUUACUGCAAUAAUCAGGGUCUUCUUUUUGGCAGUGAGAGUCGUAGCUUUGUUUCUAUUUGAGCUGAAUUUUGUUAUACCUAUUCAAUUAAUAUGUAC